CGUACCAACACUACGUCAACGCUACGUCGACUAGAUAUCCUCUACGCCUUGUGCAUGCCGUUGUCGCCGUAUAACGUGGACGACUCGGUCGGCGGUUAACCGGUAGCAGCCUAGAGAACCCCUCAGGCUCCACAGCGCGCAUCUUGCGCGUUUGGGCUCGGCCACCGAUGGCCAGGCUAUCACUCCCCCAGGGCGACGAGCCUUUUCCUAUUUUCCACGACGAGUUCUUCAACCAGCCGGCGCCGAUGAUCAGUCACGCUCCGAUGCCCGCGGCGCCGAAACCCGCCCGACAACCCCUCCAAAGCGCCAAUUCCAAUGUCGUCCUUAACCCUCCGACGUCCGCGACCGCGAAGCGGUCUCCCUACAAGUCAAAUGCGCGACCGACUAACCCAUCGCUUUCCGCACUCAACGCGUCGCAGGGCAGCAAACUCAACAUGGUCCAGAUGAUGCCGCCCAGCAACGCGCCGCCCUCCACAGAUUCGCUCGAGAAGAAACAACCCGUCAUGUCGCGGUUCAAAACGGUCGCGAAAAAGCCUCAGCCCGAACACAGCGUGCAGUUCAUGGGCAAGGAAAACUCGCACCCUCCGAUCUACCCGGCUCCGGCUCCGUCGCAAUUCACCCUGGACCUGGAAAAUUUCUACCAAAAACCCUCCGGGAAGCGCGUUUUGAUGGAGGCCGCCCCCAUCAAGGAACUUCGGCCGGCUAAGAAGCAGAAAACCGACGAGGCUCUUCCCCCACACGACUCGUUCCCCCCGGUCGUCGACGAUGGCACGAAACCGAACCACAGCUACGCGACCUUGAUCGCCAUGGCGAUUGUCCGGUCACCACAGCGGAGGUUAACGUUAUCUCAGAUCUACAAGUGGAUUUCCGACACCUACUCGUACUAUCAGGGCGACAACACCGGGUGGCAGAACAGCAUCCGGCACAACCUCAGUCUCAACAAGAGUUUCGUGAAGCAGGAGCGGCCCAAGGACGACCCGGGUAAGGGCAGCUACUGGUCGAUCGAACCGGGUACAGAGCACACGGUGCUCAAGGAGAAGCCGUCGAGGAAGUCUGCGGCGCCGACGGCCGAAAAUAUGCCCGUCAUGUCGACGCGCCUUGAACCCUCACAACCUCAGCCGCAGCCGCGGCCGCCCUGCCUAUCCGAACCGAUGUUGCCGCCGCAGCUCCCGGUGGCUCAAAACAUUCUGCCCGCGCCUCCCCCGCCAUCGUCCCAACACCUCGCUCCAGCGCCACUGCUCACGGAUAUUUCGUCAGACGCAACCAUCCCCGCGUCCGACCCGGCCAGCAUUGACGAGAGGAUUGGGGCACCCACAGAGAAGGAUUUGCUGCACGACUCAGAACUGUACUCGCCUCUCCCCGCAGCCAUGCACUCGUCGCCCCCGAUUCCCAGGCGCAUGGACGCCCGCCAUGAUGGCACCCCGCCCUCCCAGCAGCGCAUGCAGCAGCAAUCAUCAGCCACCAAGUCGCGCCAUCGGCGGAGAUUCAUGUCGAUGGACGACAGCGGUUAUAUCUCGUCUCUCGAGUCAUCGGUCAUGCGUCCCCAGCAACAUCCGAAGCUCCUCACAUCUGAGGCCGACCGGCCACGGCUCAAGAGGGGGCGGGCUGAGGAAGAAAUUGCUCGUCUUCGUGCUUCCUCGUACGACAGCCCGUCCAAGGGGCGUUCAUACGGUUAUGCGCCGCCUUCGUCGUCACCCAUUCGUCAGGCCCCCGGGACAGGGGCGGGGCAGAUGCUCCCACCCCUGACGCCUGCGAUGAAACUCAAGGCGCCGCCGAAGCCCCCGCCAUCCGUCUCUCCUAGCACAAAUCUGCGUCUGCACCGGGAGAGCAUCCAAUCUAUGGUCGAAUCGCCGGUCAGGCGCGUUGCUGCUUUGCUACCUGACGGUGAACUUGCGGCACAGCAAACCCCCGGCAUGAACGGAGAGAACAUGUGGUAUUUCCUCGAGGAACCUGGCCAUAACAACACUGGCUUUGACAUUUUCGAGGACGCCCCUGAUUUUCAGUCCCUCUUCGCAUUGGCCGGGUCCGCCGCACCCACAGGCUCUCCGUCAAAGCGGUCAACGAGGAAGCAACGUUUUGAGCGGUCGCAGUCGACCAGCGCGUUGAACCAUGUCGCGAACCCGGGCCACAGCGCCUCCAAGUCUGCUUCCUUCCUCAGGAUCCCCAGUCAGCCGUCGAAUCUGCUGCUGGAGACCCCGAGCAAGGUCUUCGACGGCCUCCUCUCUUCGCCCAGCAAGCUCUUCCAGGAUAUGCAGUCACCGAGCAAGAUGCCCCUGAUCAGCGCCGACAACCUGGACGCGUUCCACGGAAUCAACAUGAGCGGUCUCGAGGCCCCCGACUUCCUGGAGGAGACCGACUUUUCCGGCUUCGACAUGCUUGCGGGCUUCGAGAAAAUCGGCUCGAAUAAUUCGCAGGCCUCGCGGGGUACCAACAAGGGACCUCUCAGCCGCGCUUACACGUCGACUUUCUGAGCGCUCUUGCGUUCGCCGCCCUCGACUGCCUGCAUUUCUGUUUGCCGCGCUGCCCCCGGGGGGUUUUGCUCACGACUGUUACGACUAAAAAAAAAGAGCGACUAAUUCACAUCUCUGUCCGGCGUUGUUGGUUAUGGCCACGAACGACACUAUUGCGGCUUGAUCUCAUCCUCCCCCCCACCUGGUUUGGGGGACACGCCGGGACAACACUUAACCCAUCGACCAUCGCGCUGCGCCUCGCGUAUGGGCCUUGUCGAUUGGGAAUCGCUAUAAUCUAGUACUCUUUGUCACGAUAAUGACGAAAUGUUUGGGCGACACGGGGAACAACGGGUGGUUAUUAUUAUACACA